GCUGUCCAUAAGCCCACCGCUGCCCUUUGACCCCUUUGUGUCUGCGCCCGCCAGAUCGCAUCUUCCCACAGCAUUCAUUCCGCGAUUUAACGGCAAUCACCUCUCCACGACCCUCCACGUUCAAGAGACCUUCGACAUCUGGUCUAUACCCCCAGCGCGCUCUCACGACUUAACACAAUCCAUAUACCAACUCAAAGUCCGACACCAUGUCCCUCUUCGGCCAGUCCAACUCGGCGGGCACGUCGACCACCAACACUCAAGGCGACACCAAGGGAGACCGCCCGGUUGUCGACCCGCCGAGCGACAGCGUCUCCGAAAUCGCCUUCUCAUCAGCCGCCGAUCUUCUGGCUGUUGGGUCGUGGGAUAGCCAGUGUCGGAUCUACCAAGUCAAGCCGGACGGCUCCACUGAAGGGAAGCACUUAAUAAAAGCCGAGAAGCCAGUCCUAGGCGUCUGCUGGUCAACGAAUGGCACACAAGUAGUCGCCGCCAGUGCCGACGGCUGGGCACAAAUCGCAGAUCUGAAUUCCGGCGGCCAGAUCAACCCAACACGUUGCGCCAAGCAUGAUGAAGCGAUCAAGUCGGUCAGGAUGUUCAACAGCGGCGGGCAAGACUACCUAGUGACGGGCGGCUGGGAUGCGAAGAUCAAGAUCUGGGACCUGCGGGCCGAGCAGCCCAUCCUGGACUUCGACCUCGGCGGCAAGAAGUGCUACACUAUGGAUAUCAAGAACGAGCUCCUCGUCGUGGGCACCGAAGACCGCGCUAUCAACAUGUACUCGCUAAGAAACACGCCCUCGUUCCACAAGACUAUCACCAGCCCGCUCAAGUGGCAGACGCGGGUCGUGAGCUGCUUCACCGACGCGACCGGGUUCGCCGUGGGCAGCAUCGAGGGCCGCUGCGCCAUUCAAUACGCGGACGACAAGGAUUCAGGUCUCAACUUCUCCUUCAAAUGCCACCGCCAACAAGACCCAACCCAGCGCGACGUAGCCAAAGUGUACUCGGUCAACGCCAUCUCCUUCCACCCCGUGCAUGGCACCUUCAGCACCGCCGGCAGCGACGGCACGUUCCACUUCUGGGACAAGGACGCCAAGCACCGCCUCAAGGGCUACCCGGAGGUCGGCGGCUCCAUCUCGUCGACGGCGUUCAACAGCACCGGCUCCAUCUUCGCCUACGCGGUGAGCUACGACUGGAGCAAGGGCUACGGCUUCAACAACCCGAAUCUACAGAACAAGAUCAUGCUGCAUCCGGUUGUGGGGGAUGAGUGCAAGCCACGGCCGGGCAGUAAGAAGAGGUAGAGAACUGUGUUGGGUGUGAUGCGAUUGUUGACGUGGUGUUUCUGCGCAGAUGAGGGAGCGAACCAGACUCGACCGAGGCGAGGAGCGGCGUAUCAGCAGUCGAUUCAGCAGUCGGUCCAACAAGUGCUCUCACACUCAAAUAGUGCGAAUGGUCGGAGUGAGAGGGUGGAUGAGGCCACUGUUUAAGGAUGCCGACGUUGUGGAGGCUGGGUUCGGGGGAUGGGGAUUCACCUGGGGGCUUUUGGGUCCUUUUCUUAUUCUUGCUUGCACAGCGAUCAAAAGGUCGGCGGGGCGGAGUUCCGGUGAUUUACUAAGCAAGGAAAGAAUGGAAGGGAAAGGAAGGAUUGGAUUCGAUAGCUUGAAAUUGAUAUCGAAAAUUACUAUUUCACUUCGCGACGUU